UUUUAUUCACAUGGUAUCAGCCUAAUUUCCCCCCACCUUUCCUACUAUUCUCGCUGUCAUGGCAGAUUCUGAAGCUCUUCUUCCUUUUGCUACCCUAGUUCAUAUGAUUACUAUCAAAUUGACCUCCUCAAAUUACCUUCUUUGGCGAAAUCAGGUUGAGACUCUGCUAGAAUCUCAAAACCUCUUCGGAUAUAUUAAUGGCUCUAUUCCUUCCCCAACUAUCUCUACUUCCCCAACUCCUGAUGAACAAAAGCUUCUUGCUGCUUGGAAGACUCAAGACAAACGAUUGGUGUCGUUGUUAUUAUCUUCCCUUACGGAGGAGGCCAUGUCUCAAACCCUUGGCUGCACCACAUCUGCUCAGGUAUGGGCAGCCCUGGCAUCUGCCUUUAGCCUAUCUUCAAAAUCCCGAGAAAUCCAAUUACGGGAUGAAUUGCAGCAGCUUCGCCGGGGCUCCCGAACCGUCACCGAUUAUGGCAAUCUGUUUCACACCUACUGCGAGCAACUUGCAGCUAUUGGCUCUCCUGUUUCUCAGGUCGAUAAAAUUCACUGGUUUUGCCGUGGUCUGGGACCCUCCUUCACCAGUUUUUCGCUCACCCAACUCAAACUUGUUCCUUUGCCCGCCCUUCGUGAUGUUAUCGCUGAGGCAGAGAGUCAUGCCCUCUUUAUGAAAUCCCUGGAAGAAUCUGUUGGUGCAUCCACGGUUGCUUUUGCUGCACACUCACCUCCCGUUCCCUCUCGUGGUCAUCGCUCUUCUCGUCCGCCAAAGCAGAAUUCUUCUCAGUCGCAUACCUCUUCCGGCACGCGCUUUGCAUCUAAUCCACGUCGCCCUCGACGCCCAUUUGUGCCACGCUGUCAGAUUUGCAAAAUUGAUGGCCAUUUUGCAAAUGAUUGUCCAGACAGGUUUGUGCGCACUGGUUCUGCUUCUAAUGCGGCCCAGCUAGCAGAAGCUUUUAAUGCUGUUUCUCUCAAUUCAGCAGAAUCUUCUGAUUGGUAUGUUGAUUCGGGCGCUUCUUCACACAUGACUGCUGAUAAGUCUGCCCUUGAUCAUACAGAACCAUAUACGGCACAAAUUCACAAAAGAGAUCGUGGGUCGAG